AUGAGACUAGGCUUAAGGUUAGAUAAGUCGACUGAUAAUGCGAAUCAAAACCCAUUGUAUCAAAAACUCAUAGGCGCUCUAAUGUAUUUAGCAGUGGCAACGAGACCCGACAUAUGUUUCGCUGUAAGUUAUUUAAGUCAGUUUAAUAGCUGCAACAGUAAGGAACAUUUUAAGGCGGCUGAAAGGGUAGUGAGGUACCUAAAAGGUACAACGAAUAUGGGUUUAAGUUUUUUUAAAGGACAAUACGAAUUAAAAGCGUAUGCUGAUGCAGAUUAUGGUAGCUGUAUUGUUGACAGAAGAUCCUUCACAGGAUAUGUGUUCAAACUCGCAAAUGGUGCGAUAAGUUGGGCAGCUAAAAAGCAAAGAUCCCUGACUGUUGCAGAUAGUACUACUUUUGCAGAGUAG